UCUCCGGCAAGACAACUGAUAAACGAACUGAACGAGUUUACAUCUUCUCAAGAUGCAUUAAGACUGCUUCUUGAGCUUGAAAGGGCUCUUCCGCUGGAAGAGGCAGAUGAAAAUGAAUUAGUCUUACGAACUCUUUGGGAGCAUGUUCACCAGUGCYAAGAUGCGUCAGUUAAAAUGAAGUUAAUUUCAUUGUUGUCCAAGGUAGCAKGACAUCCUGGAAUCAACCCAUUGUCUGUGGUGGAAGAGAUGAUAAAAUUACUGYCUAAAGAGACUUCACAUAAAGUCUGUGCACAAAUUAUUAAUUCUCUGAUGCUCCUUGGAACACUMUCUUCACAUGAAAGAAAACUCAUACAAAAUUUGGUUAAUAUUGCUGUUGAACACCUCAAAGAUUCCCACUAUGCAGUMCGAAGACAGUGCCUUAAGCUGAUUGGUCACUUGGGUUUAUCAACCAAUCCAGUAGCAGUUAGUGYUGAUAUACAAAGUCUUAUCAUCAGUUAUGCUAAAGAUAGUGAUCCAAGAGUGAGAACAAGUGCAUUGGAAGCCUUGCUUAAUCUUCAUGAAAGAGGACAGAUAUUAGAUGUCCACCUGUAUGAGCAAGCUUCAGAGACUUUGGAUGAUGACUAUGAAGACGUUCGUAUGGCMGCUGUAAAGCUGAUAUGGGUAUUUAGUCACAUCUGUCCAGAAAGGACUGUCAAYCUACCCACAUCAGAUGAGGUCAGGUUAGUGGACGAUGCUUUUAUCAAGAUCUGUAACAUGAUGAAUGAUUUGUCAAUGAGAGUUCGUGCAGAAGCUGUUGGAUUGUUGGGAUCCCUGCAUCAUGUUAGCCCGAGAUUCCUGGAACAGACUCUGGACAAAAAGGUCAUGAGUCAUCUUAAGAGGAAAAAAACUGACCAUGAAAAGAAAAAAGAGCAGUUUGCUUCUGGUCAAUCAUCAGUUAUUUCCUGGACAACAGGCCGAAAAUGGGAUGAAAAGAAAUCAGCUGAGGAAGAAUUGGCACCAGAAGAGGUUAAUCUAAUGAGUAGUGGUGCAUGUGGUGCCUUUGURCAUGGUUUAGAGGAUGAAUACCUUGAAGUACGKAUGCCUGCACUGGACUCAUUGUGUGAACUAGCCAAUCAGAACCCACGUUUUGCCCAUUUGUGCRUGGACUUCCUGGUCGAUAUGUUAAACGAUGAGAUUGAAAGCGUACGUCUUAAUGCCAUUAACAGUCUYCGUAAAGUGUGCCAUCAUAUCACACUGAGAGAAGACCAACUUGAGGUGGUGCUAGGAGUUCUUGAAGACUUCUCAUGGGAGAUACGUGAAGAAGUUCGUGAGUUAAUUUCACACUGCCAUCUUUCCACCAGGGCCUGUCUUCAUGCCACUAUCAUCGCUUUAUUGGGUAACCUUACCAAAUACCCACAAGACAGAGCUUCUAUCUGGAGAUGCGCAAAGUUCUUGGGUGAGAAGCAUAAACACCUUGCUACUUCACUAGUUCCUGUUCUUCUAUCAACUCAUCCAUUCUUUGCGACACCUGAGCCCUCGGUGGAUGAUCCUGCWUAUGUUACCAUGGUGAUUCUAGUGUUUAAUGCUGCUGUCGACUGUCCAACAAUGUUGCCYAUGUUUCCUUGUCAUACACGACGUCACUACUCUUAUCUUAGAGACAGCCAACCAUAUUUGGUGCCAUACCUACCAAUUGACCGGGAAUCAAUGGCAUCGUGUUCUACUGAUGACCAACAUGGACUACCUGGGACCUCAUUCAUGGAGGGUAUUCUMGCCCGUAUCCGAUCYUUGCCCACAAUGACCACACCUAACGCGCAAAGCCUUCUGGUUGCUACCAUACGCGAUUUGAAUCACACUAAAGGAAUUAACAAAAAGUUUGUUGCCAAUGCACGUUGUAUGGCACUGUACUUGCAGUGUCACUUAGCAACCCUUCAAGCUCAAAGUAAUAAGUUAUGGUCCCUCCCAGGUCCUCUCUGCGCGACUCAGGGGACUGGGCUCAAGUCUUUGGUGGAAAAGAUAUUGAUGAUGUCAUAUCAACUUGAAUACACCUUCCAAGGACUWAGUGCCUGUCAYGUGUUYUCUCUWCAUGAACUUCGUAUCAUAGCUCACUCGCUCCAAAUCCUCGCAACCCAGAGAUGUGAUACGAGCACUGAGAAGAACCUGGGUUCUACUUUGCUUGUGUGGCAGUCAUUUCUCGCCCGUGUAAAGCACUACUCGACUGUUCUUGGGACUAGUGGGACCAAACUCGAUGCUUUUAGUGAAGCCCUGGUCUCUUUUCAGGAUUUUUUUGAAGCAAAUAUUACCAAACCUUCGUUUAUCGCUGAUCAUCUUCAGUCGAUUGUGCUCCAAAGGACGAUAAGUCCAUUAGAUCUUACAACACACCUCAAGGAAUCGUCAGCUACCUUAACAGAACCUCAGGGUGGCUCGGAGAACCCAUUAUCAUUCACCGCCGGUCUGACGCUCGGGAUAAACGUAGACGCAACGCUGGAAAAUAUUGCUAAUCCUUCGUGUGUCCGCGUACAGGUCGUGUUUCCAGACAUGCGUCGUCAGCUUUUCACUCCCAAACAAGAUGACUUUCAUCGACUUAGUAGUUUACGUCACAGGCUGGUCAGUAAAGUUGUCAUCUCACACGGUGGAUGGUCCGAAUCGUGCUACAUUGAAGUUUCUAUUGUUCUUAAAUACCAAGCUGACGUUGAUGAACAAAGUGUUAUGCAACUAGGAUCCAGUGAUACCAUGAGUGGGGAAGGUGGAACUUUACGUCAGGUGAAAAACUGUACCGAUAGCCUACAAGAAGGUGUCGUAGGACUUUGUCCACCGGUUAGACUUUGUAUUUUACCAAAGCCAGUCAAGUAAAACAGGCAACAAAAGGAUUUGAUAUUUUGGUCUGUGUAUCUGUACCCGGACUUAACGAUUGGUGGACUGUGCUUUGUCUUAGGGGAGGGGAGGGACGGUCACAACGGAGUAACUUUUAAUCAGUACUUGUCUAAGUAUGUACUUACUAACAAUGUAUAUUGCAGACUCAAAAUGUAGAAAAUGUAAAUAAAUUAUGUGAAUUUGAUUGAGA